CCACGGUCCUUUUUACCUUGUCACCGGUUUGGGAAACACGUUGGUGAACUUAGCCGGCAUCAAUUUACAAAUUUACAAUGGGUUUUGGUGAUUUAAAAAACAAAACCGGUCUUAAGGCCCUUGAUGAUUACCUUGCUGACAAAAGCUACAUUGAAGGGUUCCAGCCCUCACAAGCUGAUGCUGUGGUUUUCAAGGGGCUGUCAGGUGCUCCGGCUGCAGAAUUUGUAAACGCACUUAGAUGGUACAACCAGAUCAACUCAUACGGUGGUGCUAAGGACAGUUUCCCAGGUGUAGCGAAGGCCUUAACCCAGUAUGGACCUGCUGGUGGCGAUGCCCAAGCAGCAAAAAAAGACGAUGACGAUUUCGAUCUGUUUGGUGAAUCAGACUCUGAAGAGGAAGAAGAUGAAGAAACAAAGGCCAAGUUGGCUGCCUAUGCUGCCAAAAAAUCCAAGAAGCCUGCAUUGAUUGCGAAGAGCUCCAUUCUUCUGGACGUAAAGCCGUGGGAUGACGAAACUGACAUGAAGGCAUUGGAGGAAAAAGUCCGCAGCGUACAGACUGAAGGUCUUGUCUGGGGUGCUGCAAAACUUGUACCAGUCGGCUACGGAAUCAAGAAACUGCAGAUAAACUGCGUCGUAGAAGACGAUAAGGUUGGAACAGACUUUCUGGAGGAGGAAAUUUGUGCUUUUGAAGACUUUGUACAAUCUGUUGAUGUUGCCGCUUUCAAUAAGAUCUAAGAAGUGCUAAAUAAAGAAAUAAAACCUAUUUAAACUUG